GAUAUUUUAGCUGCUCACAAUGAAAAGAGAGCUUUGCAUGGUGUUCCAAAUUUAACUUGGGAUAAUGCUAUUGCUGAAUACGCAGCAAAUUACGCAGCUAGCAACUUUAAUUGUAACAAUGUUCAAUUAAUUCAUUCUGGUGGUCCAUACGGUGAAAACUUGGCAGCUGGUUAUCCAGGUGGUUACAGUCCUGUUGAUGCUUGGUAUAACGAAAUUUCCUUAUACAAUUUUGCUGAUCCAGGAUUCAGUGAAUCUACCGGACAUUUUACUCAAGUUGUUUGGAAAGGAACUUCAAGAUUAGGUUGUGCAAGAGUUAUUUGUGACAACGCUUGGGGUCAAUACACUAUUUGUGAAUAUACUGAUACUAGAGGUAAUAUUGUUGGUACUGAUCCAACUACCGGAUUAAACUUCUUUGCUGAAAAUGUUCUUCCACCUUUAAGUAGUUAA